ACAAACAAAUAUGAAUCAAUUUCGUUCAUUGGUGAGAAAUAAAGCGCCAAAUAUACGUAUACAAGAUCAAGUACAAGAUCAAGUGAGAACAUUGGAUCGUAAUUUUUCACGUGGACAAUUUAAUGAUACUGGUCAAAAUAAUGCCGUUCCAAAUAUGUACGGUACUUAUAAUCGUGCUCAUAAUAGACAAGAAAAAGCGGCUGCCGUUCCAACAUUGAGCCAGAACCAACAAAGCGAAACCAAAGCAAAAGCGAUACGACGUAUAUAAAGAGUCAUAUCUCUAUUUCUGUUAAUACGGGUCUGGACAGACUUUCGCCAGAGGGGGCGUUAAAAAUGAUUCGGAGAAGAUGAAGUUUCCAAAAGAAAAGGUAAAGAAUUUUAUUUACUUUUUUUUUCUCGUGGAAAAAUGGAGGCGAAUUUAUUGUAGUUAAUGUGUAUCGAUAUUAUCGUGUACAGUGGCCAUUGUAAUUUUUUCUUUUCUUUUUCAAAAAGCGGAUUCUACAUGCGACUUAGUGCUUCUUUCUUUUUCUUUAGUAUUCUUCGACUUUGACUCGAGUUUUUUUUUUAGAGAGAGAAAGAGAUUACUAUAAGGAGAAUACCAAAAGACACUUUUUAUACAAAUCUUUUUACACUUUAAUACCCGUAAAUUUUUGUAGAAGAGAAACAUUUUUUUGUUGAUACAAUCAAUAUAAUAUUAAACGUAAAUAGUAAAUAUAAAUAUAUAAAUAUAUAUAAAUAUUGAAUUAUAAAUAUUAUAUAUAUAAAGAUAUUAAAAUUAUUUGAAAAGAAGGAAAAUAAGAAACGAGUUACCGUACGAUGAGACGAGUGAUAACAGUAUUUACAAGUUCUAUUUAAUAGAGUCGGAGAGUCAAUCUUGAAUAUUGAGAAACUCAAUUUUCCUGAAUACUGCCAAUUCUCAGGCGAAUUAAAAACAUUUUAAGUACAAA